UAUGGCGGCUGUGUUGAAGUUGCGAAGAGGAUGCGGCGCCUUUGACUGAGGGGGUAGGCCAGGCGAGGCAUCAGGGACGUUGUUCGGCACAGCAGCAGACCGGCCCGGACGUCGGGGACGCUGUCAUGUACGGUGCCGGCGGGGGCCGCGCCAAGCCAGAGAGGAAGGGCGUAGUGAAGGAGGAGGCCGGGCCCGGCGGCACCGGCACUGGGGGCAACCGGGUGGAGCUUCUGGUGUUCGGCUAUGCCUGCAAGUUGUUCCGCGACGACGAGCGGGCUUUGGCCCAAGAACAGGGACAGCACCUCAUCCCCUGGAUGGGGGACCACAAGAUCCUCAUCGACAGAUACGACGGGCGUGGUCACCUGCAUGACCUCUCUGCAUACGAUGCUGAGUACGCCACGUGGAACCGAGACUACCAGCUGUCGGAAGAGGAGGCGCGGGUAGAGGCGCUGUGUGAUGAAGAGAGGUAUUUAGCCUUGCAUACGGACUUGCUUGAGGAGGAGGCAAGGCAAGAGGAAGAAUACAAAAGAUUGAGUGAAGCACUGGCGGAGGAUGGGAACUACAGUGCCGUAGGGUUCACUUACGGCAGUGACUAUUACGACCCGUCAGAGCCCACGGAAGAGGAAGAGCCUUUGAAACAGAGAGAAAAAAAUGAGGCUGAAAACUUGGAAGAAAAUGAAGAGCCCUUCAUUGCUCCUUUAGGAUUGAGUGUCCCAUCUGACGUGGAGCUGCCACCAACAGCCAAAAUGCAUGCCAUCAUCGAGCGCACAGCCAACUUCGUGUGCAAGCAGGGAGCACAGUUCGAGAUCAUGCUGAAGGCCAAGCAAGCACGGAACUCGCAGUUCGACUUCCUGCGGUUUGAUCACUACCUCAACCCCUACUACAAAUUCAUCCAGAAAGCCAUGAAGGAAGGACGGUACACGGUGCUAGCUGAGAGCAGGAGUGAGGAGAAGAAAAAAUCUGGGCCAACCUCUGACAACGAAGAGGAAGAUGAUGAGGAAGAUGGGAGUUACCUGCACCCGUCUCUCUUUGCUUCCAAGAAGAGCAGCCGCCUGGAAGAGCUGAUGAAGCCCUUGAAGGUGGUGGACCCGGAUCACCCUCUAGCAGCCCUUGUCCGUAAAGCACAGGCUGACAGCUCAGCACCAGCCCCACCCACUGCAGAUGGCACACCUGCUCAGCCCUCCCAGGUGGAGUACACGGCCGACUCAACAGUGGCAGCCAUGUACUACAGCUACUACAUGCUGCCAGAUGGCACCUACUGCCUGGCACCACCCCCACCUGGGAUCGAUGUGGCCACUUACUACAGUACCCUUCCUGCUGGAGUGACUGUGUCCAGCUCACCUGGUGUGACUACCACUGUACCACCGCCUCCUGGGACCACACCUCCUCCACCCCCAACCACAGCUGAAUCAAGUAGCGGGGUUACCUCCACAACCACCACCACAAGUGCGCUUGCUCCCGUGGCCAUCAUACCCCCGCCCCCUGACAUCCAGCCUGUGAUUGACAAGCUGGCAGAGUACGUCGCUAGAAAUGGCCUUAAAUUUGAGACCAGUGUUCGAGCCAAGAACGAUCAAAGGUUUGAAUUCCUGCAGCCCUGGCACCAGUACAACGCCUACUAUGAGUUUAAGAAGCAGUUCUUCCUGCAGAAGGAAGGGGGCGGUAGCACACAGGCAGCAACAACAGCUGAAGAGGCUCCCACAGAAACCGCUGUUGAAGAAUCGAGUGAAGCUGGAGAGGACUGCGCUCCUGAGGGUAUGGCAGAGACUGGGGGAAGAGGCAGCGGGAAGAAGGAGGCUGGGUCCAGCAAGAGCACCGUGGACGGGAAGCUGGUAAAAGCUUCUUUUGCUCCAAUAAGCUUUGCCAUCAAAGCCAAAGAAAAUGACCUACUUCCCCUGGAAAAAAACCGCGUCAAGCUGGACGAUGAUAGUGAAGAAGAUGAGGAAAACAGGGAAUGCCAGGAAAGCACCAGCAGCGUGGCCAACCCCAGCCCAGCCUCGGCCCCACCCUCUGCAGUUGUGGAGGAGAAGAAACCUCAGCUUACCCAGGAGGAGCUAGAAGCUAAGCAAGCAAAACAAAAGCUGGAGGACCGUCUUGCUGCUGCUGCUCGGGAAAAGCUAGCCCAGGCAUCCAAGGAAUCAAAGGAGAAGCAGCUUCAGGCUGAACGUAAAAGGAAAGCAGCUUUGUUUUUACAAACCUUAAAAAAUCCUCUUCCAGAAGCGGAAGUUGGAAAACUUGAGGAGAAUACGUUUGGAGUUGAGGAAACUGGUGUCAUGCCCUGUCCUUUGCUGGUUGGCGGUAGAACUCUGCCCCUGUUGGAGGGAAAGCUUCCAGAAAGGCCUUCAAGCAGAUGCAGAGACCCACCAAGAGAAGAAGAAAGAGAGAAAAAGAAGAAGAAGCACAAAAAACGGUCUCGGACGAGGUCCCGCUCCCCCAAGUACCACUCGUCCUCCAAGCCCAGGUCUAGAUCCCACUCAAAAGCAAAGCACGCCCUGCCCAGUGCCUACCGGACAGUGCGGCGGUCGAGGCCCUCAGCCUCCCCAGGGAUCUUGAGUGUGGAGCCUUGUCCCAGCAGCUCGGCAGUGGCGGCAGCACAGCAGGAGAGGUAUCAGGCAGCCUCGGCCUCGAGCAGCUUUGACUCCUGGAGCUCUUUUGAGGGGAAACCUGGUAAACCGGCAAGGUCACGGUCUCGGUCCCCAAGAAGGAGAGCUCACUCUCCUGAGAGACGACGGGAAGACAGGAGUGUCCCUACAGCCUACCGGAUGAGCGGCAGCCCUGGAGUCAGCAGGAAACGGACCCGUUCCAGAAGUCCCCAUGAGAAGAAGAAGAAACGGCGCUCACGGUCUCGCACCAAGGCCAAGGCCCGGUCGCAGUCAACAUCCCCGAGGAAACAGGCAGCACAGCGUCCCUCGGCCCACUCGGCCCACUCGGCCAGCAUCUCUCCUGUGGAGAGCCGGGGCUCCUCCCAGGAACGCUCCAGGGGGGUUUCUCAGGAAAAAGAUGGCCAGAUCUCCUCAGCAAUCGUCUCCUCUGUGCAGAGCAAAAUAACUCAGGAUCUCAUGGCCAAAGUAAGAGCAAUGCUCGCAGCUUCAAAAAACCUGCAAACCAGCGCAUCCUGAGAGCCUGCCAUGGAGCAGCCCCGGGCGAGCAGCACGGCUGUGGCCACAGGUGCUGGGCUACUGCUCAGAGCAGCCACGGUCCAGAGGUCAGCAGCUGAGCUGCCAGCUCACGCCGACCUACACGCGCCGACCUACAGGCGGCCAUCCAGGUUCUCCAGCCCGACUCCCUGGGUCAGUCGGCGGCUUUUGUAAAUUUUUGGUGACAUUUUCUGUUUCAAAUUUUUGACCAGCAGUCUCUUACCUGUAUAUAUGUAAAUAUAUCAUGUUUCUGUGAAAAUGUAUUAUCAAAUAAAAUGGGAAGAACACCUUUUCUAGCUAGCA